AAUGCGGGGAGGCCCCAGAAACGAAACUGCCGGCGGCGGCGAGUUCCCGAGUGCCCCCGAGCCCCCCACCCCGGCGGCGGCGGCGGCGGAUUCAUGAGCUCACACCGAUGGCUGGCAGGUAUGUAGAGAGCUAGGACACAUCCACUCGCUCCAUGGCACCUCCUCCCCCCGGCAUCACCUGGUAGGACCUUCCCGGACGUUCAUUUUGCUCCGCUCAAGCCACCGCCAAAGAUGCCGACAGCCAACGGCCCACGGGUGCCACUGGGCAGCCUCCAGAAGCAGCUGGAGCUGCUCCUGGUCUGCUCCAAGUGCAGUGUGAAGGAGAAUGAGAUCACCUACCACCCGCGGGAGGUGGAGCACAAGUGCAUGUACGAGAUCCUGCUGGCCCGCUGCCGCAGCCACCGGAGCAAGGCCUGGAGGAAGGUGUCCCGGCGGCCCGGCUUCCCCAACCCGGCACGCUACGCCGUCUGCAGGUACUACGUGAUGGGGCUGGGCUGCAGCAGGCACAAGAACCAGUGCACCUUUGCCUGGAGCGUGGAGGAGGCCAUGGUCUGGAACUUUGAGAGGGAACACCAGCUGGAGCACCGCUGGCUGAAGGCGGCAGUGCUGCAGGCGCAGCUGGGGGGUCACCCCCCCGCUGCCUCCCACCCCCCUGCCAGCGCUGCCAGUGAGAUCACCAGCGAGUUUGGGGGGCACUUCCAGGAGAUCUGCAAGCGUUGUUUCUUCGGCUGCCCCCAGCGCAUCUCGGUGGGCGGCCACAGGCGGCUCUGCGAGUCCCACCGCGCCUGGGACCCGCUCCUGGUGCACGUGGUGCUGGACAGCAAGAAGAAGCAGCAGUACACAGCCAUCCGGCCCUGCCCCGAGUUCAUCUCCACCCUCAGCUACUGCCGCUUCGUCUCCCGGGGCCAGCCCUGCCGGCUCGGCCCGCGCCGCUGCCAGUUCGCCCACAGUGACGUGGAGAUGGCCGUGUGGCAGGCCGAGAGGGAGGACGGCUUGCUGCGCUCCGACCUGCUGCCGCCCGUGGGCACCUGCAGCACCAACGGCGAGCCAGAGGCACCCGCCCCGGUGCACUUCUACUGCCGGAUCUGCCUGGUGACCUUCAGCUCGCAGGAGAGCUUCGAGAACCACUGCUCCUCCGUCGAGCAUGUGCAGAUGCUCUCGGCUGACAGCUCCGUGCAGUGGGUGCACCGCGCGCCGCCGCUCGGGCUGACCAAGUUCUCGCUGUGCAGCAGAGCCGAGGUGUGUGAAAUGGGGAAUAGCUGCACCAAGGCCCAUUCCAAAGAGGAGCUGCAGGAGUGGAUCCAGAGGGUGAAGGUUGCCACGAAGAAAAAGAAGCAAGCCCUGAAGGACGGGCUCUUGUCCUACCAGGACCGGCUCAUUGCCGAGUAUCGGACGUGCUCCAACGAGGUGUUAAUUAUGUCUGAGCAUGUCGAGGGUGUCAGAGUUGUGUGUGAGCAGCCUCUGCAAGUGCAGCUGGAGGACAGGAGGAUGAAAUACCAGUGGAGGUUCAAGGUCCACGCUCAGAUGUCUCUGCAGCACGUGGCCCUGCUGAAGCGGGACCCUGGAGUCAAAUUCUACUUCUCGGGGAACGGCCUUUCCCAGGACCUGCAGUACCUCCGUGGGGAGCACGUGUGCUCCUCGCCCCGCACGGCGCAGGUGGAGGUCAGCAUGGAGUGCUGCACGCUGGGGGUCUUCGAGCAGUGGGUGGUCUUCGACUUUGGCAAACGCCCCGUGCUCAUGCAGAAGAUCAAGGUGAAGGUGGGCCGGCGGGAGACCCCCCAGCACGUCCCCAGCAGCAGGGAGAGCAGCCGGACUGUCAACUUCGAGCGGUGGGAUAGAGGUAACCGGAUCAUCGUUCCCAGCGUGCCGAGGACGGCGGAAGAUGUGGCUCUGCUGGCAAAGUACAAACCUCCUGCUCUGGCGCUGGAUUACCAAAGUGAGGGCGGUGCAGUGGUUCCCAUCACCCGGCUCAACUAUCGGGACAGGAUGCACAGCUUCCUCUUCCGUGAGGAGGAAGCCGAGCAGGCUCUGAUUGCCAAACUCAACCUGCGGGUCCUCAUCUCCCUGACGCCCAUGCUGCAGAGCCUCUCCAUGGGGAUGAAGUUUGCCCUCUCUGGGGAGCUGUUUGCUGAAGUGCCUACCCCGUACAACCUCUCUCCGGACACGGAUGAGGGGUACCUGCUGAGCAGGUCUGUGCCCACCGCGUUCCUGGCACCUGACCCACCUGUAGACAACCGGGUUUAUGAAGUUAUCGUGGAGCACAAAGCCACCACGGAGAAGACCAUCUGGCUGCAGAUACCAAACAGAUGCUGCUUGGAGCUGAACUUCAAGGCAAACACCUCCCACAGGGUGGAGAUCCAGUUCCAAAUUGACCAGCUGCUGUUCCGGCAGUGGCACCAGGCUGUGGAUCGCCUGUUGGAUGAGAAGCUGGUCCUGCCAGAUGUUGCCAGUUGCACCAUCCCCUACUCUCUUGCGUCACCACAGAGAGGGAAUAGCAAGCAGAAACAAGCCAUCUCCUUCAUCACAGGCCAGAAGAACUCCAGCCGGCAGGUCCCACCUCUGCUCAUCUAUGGGCCUUUCGGUACAGGGAAGACGUUCACCUUGGCCAUGGCCACCUUGGAGAUCCUCAGGCAGCCCAACACACGGGUGCUGAUCUGCACUCACACGAACAGUGCUGCUGACAUCUACAUCCGGGAGUAUUUCCACAACUACGUGAUCAACGGGCACCCAUGGGCGGUUCCCCUGAGGAUUGUAUCCACCGACCGGCCCGUCAACCUGACAGACCCCACCACCCAGAUGUACUGCUGCCUCUCGCCAGACCAGCGCUCCUUCCGGCACCCCACGCAGCAAGAGAUCGACAAGCACCACAUCAUCAUCACCACCUCCAUGUUAUCCAAGAACCUGAAGGUUCCCCCGGGCUACUUCACCCACAUCAUGAUCGACGAGGCUGCGCAGAUGCUGGAGUGUGAGGCUUUGGUUCCGCUCUCCUUCGCCACCUUUGAGACCCGGAUUGUCCUCGCCGGGGACCACAUGCAGAUAACCCCCAAGCUGUUCUGUGUUGGGGGCGGGCAAUCUGCUGAUCACACCCUCCUGAACCGGCUCUUUCAGUUCUACCAGAAGGAGAGGCAUGAAGUGGCCACGAAGAGCAGGAUCAUCUUCAAUGAGAAUUACCGUUCCACUGCAGGCAUCAUCGAGUUUGUCUCCAAGCACUUCUACAUUGGCAAUGGCAAUGCCAUCCAAGCCAGUGGGAACAUCCCACCCCAUCCCGAAAUCUACCCGCUCGUGUUCUGCCACGUGUCUGGUGUGGCUGAAAGGGAUAUCUCCAUGAUUUCUUGGCACAACGCCUCUGAGAUAAUACAAGUGAUUGAGAAAGUGAAGGAGAUCUAUCAGAGGUGGCCAGAUGAGUGGGGUGUCCGGGAUCUGAAGAAGAUCUGUGUGGUCUCCCAUGGCAUGCAGGUUUCUGCAACAAGACAAGAGCUGAGGAAAAAGCAGCUACAAGAUGUGGUGGUGGAAAACUACGAAAACUUGCCUGGGCGGGAGUUUCGGGUCAUCAUCAUCAGCACGGUCCACACCAGCGAGAGCCUGCGCGUCUCGGCCUCACACCACCUCGAGUUCUUCAACGAGGCCAGAGUGCUCAACACCAUCAUGACCCGGGCUCAGUCGCUGGUGGUGGCAGUGGGGGACGCCGUGGCCUUGUGCUCCCACGGCCAGUGCAGCAAGGUGUGGAAGCGCUUCAUCCAGCAGUGCAUCGACAAGGGGAGCAUCUUCCCGGAGAACCUGACCAUGGCCCAGAUCAAACAGGCUGCGUGUGACAAGGAGAGCUGGAGCAGAAGCCCAGAGGGGAAUGAGGAGGACAGCGACACAGAUUCCUCAAGCUCUGAGGAUGAGAGCGUGAAUCCCGAUGAUCCCAUCCUCCAGGAGCUCCUAGAUGAGAGCAAGAACAUGCUGGUGACAGUGUCCGAAGAAGGGCUGCUGAAUGUGAAGUCUGAGGCUUCAAACCUGUGGGCAGACAAGCAGGAAUACACCAGCUUCUCUUCUCAGACGAUGCAGCAGUAUCUGCAUAUGCACCCCAACAUGUACAAGAGAUGCGAGCUGAUCAAAGAGGGGUUCGACAGAGCUUCUGCCUUCACCCUCAAUGACUCCCCUGCCAUGAACAUUCAGAUCAAGGGCAGAGUUCACUGUGGGACGGCCUUCACAGGGGAUGAGGUGCUGGUGGAAAUCCUGCAGAGCAGCACGGCCGACAGCAGCAGCCACCGCCCGCAGGGGAAGGUCGUGGGCAUCCUAAAGCGCGCCGAGAGAGAGCGGAGCUUCAUCUGCAUGAUGGACGAGUUUGAUCCCCGGGUGAUGAUACCCAUCGAUCCCACCGUCACCAAAAUAUUUGUCCCAGGGCUGAAGGAGAAGCCCAACGUCAUCCCCAUCCGCAAGCUUGUCAAUGGGAAGUACAAGGUGGUCAGCUGUGAGAAGAUCAACCAGGAGACGAGGAGGUGCCAGUUCUUCUGCGUCCAGGUUAUCUCCUGGCGGGAGGGGUUUUACUACCCUUUGGGAAUAGUAACGGAGAUCCUGCAUGCUGCACUGACUUUGGAAGAAGGCCUAAAGAUCCUUGCCUUGGAGUACGGUUUGGAUAAUAAAUAUCCACCUGCUGUCAACAGGGAGUUAGCCAAACACACUUCCAACAGCAACAUAAACCUCACCAAGGAAUGCCUGAAGGACUGUCGGAGUUACCCGACCUUCACUGUUGACCCCCAGGGUGCCAGGGAUUUGGACGACGCCAUCAGUGUGCGGGAUCUUGGGCGUCACUACGAGAUCGGGAUCCACAUUGCAGACGUGGCCGGCAUCAUUCCCAAAGGCUGUGCCUUGGACCUGGAAGCCAAGAAGCGGGGGGUCACCUACUACGCUCCCCAGCGGGAGCCUCUGUGCAUGUUCCCACCCCGCAUUAGCCAGGACGUGUGCAGCCUCCUGCCGCAGAAAGAUCGGCGGGUGAUCUCCUUGUUUGUCACCAUAGAAAAGGACACCGAUCAGAUGUUAAAGGAAGUCUUCACCAUCUCCGUGAUCCGCUCGGACAGGCAGCUGUCCUACGAAGAGGCAGAGCUCUGCAUUAAGAACUGCUACAGGGGAGGAGCAAACGCCCUUCGUUUUGAUACCCUGGAGGACUGCAUUGCUGUGGCUUAUCACUUCUCCAGGAUCCACAGGAAGUUUCGGCUGCAGGAGGACUGUUUCUAUGACCGGCUGGAUGAGGAAAGUUCCCCAGGUAAGAGGGGGUCCCAUCAGAUGAUAGAGGAGUUAAUGAUCAUGUUCAACAGCUUCGUGGCCGAGUUCCUCACCGACAAGGAGGUGACCAGAAAUGUCACUCCUCUCCGGUGUCAGUGUGAGCCAAGUCUUACCCAGCUGUCACACAUGAAAAACAAGUACAACCACAUGGUUCCUUUGUCCAUCCAUCUCUUGCAUCACCUGGGAGAGGUGCCUCCUGGACAAGACACCCCUAAAAACGUGGAGUUCAGUCUUCUGGCCCCCGUCUGGGAGCACCUGCAGUCGGCUGUCAGUGCCCGUGACUUCCACAAGAUGCUAGACCUUGUCGUCACUGAUGACAUCCACCCAAAGCUGGCCCCCCUGGCCCUGGAGUUCAGGAGGCUGCUCAGCCGCUCCUAUUUCUGCCGCUCCAACUCCACUGUCCAGUCGAAAGCAGGCCAUUACUCCCUGCACGUUGACUCGUACACCUGGGCUUCCUCUCCCAUCCGCCGAUAUGUGGAUGUCGUGGUCCAGCGGCACCUUCAUUCCGUGCUCCGCAAGAAGCCCCUCAUCUAUUCUGUGGACGACAUUGACUUCCUCUGUCACGACUUCAACAGGAAGAACUCCCAGGCGAUGAUGUAUGAGAAGAGAGCCCACUGCCUGCAGAUGGCCACCCAGCUGAAGGGCCAAGUCCUGCAGAAGAUUGCCUUCGUGGUGGAUAUCGAAGAGAUGAGCAGGUUUUUUAAAGCCCUGUUUCCCCUGAACAAGGAGAGCCUUCCGGAUCCACAGAAAAUUAACUACAGGUCCCUUCAGCUGAUAGAGCAGCCCGUGUUCAUCCAGCAGCGGAGCAGCAUCAGGCUGACGUGGAAGAGGAGGAUGUACUCUGCAGAGAUGAAGGAUCACAGCCUGCGGGAAGGACCCCUCCGUGACCAGAGUGUCACCCUCUUCCGCACCCAGACCUGGCAAGACGUGCUCACAGCCAUCCGGAAGGAGGAUUUUGAGAGGGCUGCCCACCUCCUGCAGCAGAGCAAGGAGCUGUACCAGCGGCACGUGGGGUGGGUGCGGAAGAGCCAGUGCUCGCACUACAUGGAGCUGGGCCUGGAGCUGAGCGCCGGCGACGCGCUGCGGUUCCAGCUCACCACCGACGUCUGCCGGGGCUUCCUGGUGCCCUUCGUGCAGCUGUGGUGUGUGGCGCCGGGUUUUGACGUCUGCCUGCAGCACACGGAGAAGCCAAUCGACUGCUUCUCUGCCUACGCCACGCUGCAGUCCAAGGACAGGUACAAGAACACGGCCGAGUACAACAGGGUGUGGAUGCCGAUGAGCGCCAUGGAGUCUGCGUCCUGCGCCGUGGCCGAGAACGACUCCAUCGUCCUCCACGAUGUUAAAAUAAAGUGGGCAAGGCAAAGGACGAGCAAAGGGCAGCUGCAGGGGAGCUUUGUGCUGAACAAAAAGUGGUUGGAGGACUGCUCCAUUGAAGUGGACUUCCUCCACUGUUACCUGUGCAUCCGCUUAGGGGGGCUGAAGCUUGGGAGCCUCCAAAGCGACGAGGAAAGCCUUAGCCAUGGCCUCCAGAACCUGGCUUUGCUUGACAAGGAAAGGUCAGAGAACAAACUUGUGGUGGAUCCCGAUACCUACACCUGGGUGGCUCACGGGGUCACCGAGGAGGCCGACGAUGACAAGAAGUCAGACAGGACUGGUCAGCAGACCAUGAACUUUUACAUCCACUAUAUGUCUAUGGAGAACAUCCCUGUGGAGAUCUCACAGGCCUCUGCCAGGUUCACGGUGGAGCUCAUACCAAAGAUGCUGCCAGACGUACGGAAAGAAAAGGCACUUUGGAGGCUGAAAUACGCCUCCGAGCUUGCCAAAAGCAUCGCCCUUGGCCACGAACCUCCUCAGAAAGUGACAACAUCCAGAAUCCUGCAGCAAAGAUCCUUUGAUCUCCCUGGCAGCCAAAGGAAGCUUAACCAGAGUCAGAACCAGGCUAUCCUGAAUGCUCUGAGAGAUUCCUUCACGCUCAUCCAAGGCCCACCAGGUAACGGGAAGACCAUUGUUGGAACUCACAUUGUCUACUGGUUCCAUAAACUGAAUGAGGAGAGCAUUGAGAAGGACGAAACACCGUGCCUGGAAGAAGAAAAGCACAAAAAGAGGAAGUGCAUCUUGUACUGUGGCCCAUCCAACAAGUCUGUUGAUGUUGUUGCUGAGAUGCUGCUGAAGAUAAAGAGCCUGAAACCACUGAGGGUUUAUGGGGAGGCCAUCGAGACGAUGGAAUUCCCAUACCCGGGGAGCAACCGGCAGCUCUCCCGUAAAUCCCUGCGGGAUACAAAGCCAAAGCGUGAGCUCAGCGAAAUAAUCCUGCAUCACCGCAUCCGGCGGUCGCCCAGCCCUUUCUGGCAGGAGAUCUGUCGCUUUGACACUCGGAUGAGGAACGGAGAGCAGAUCACAGAAGCAGAAACAAAGAAGUACAAAGAGUGGCUGUCACACGGCCGCACGUAUCAGCUGCAGUGCCACGAUAUCAUCCUGUGCACAUGCUCUGCCUCAUCUUCCAACGUCCUGGAGCAGCUCAAUGUCAGGCAGAUAAUCAUCGAUGAGUGUGCCAUGUCCACAGAGCCCGAGACCCUCAUCCCCUUGGUCAGCCACCGCUUUGCUGAGAAGGUUGUUUUGCUCGGGGAUCACAAGCAGCUGAGGCCGGUGGUUAACAAUGAUGUUUGCAAGAGCCUCGGCAUGGAGACGUCUCUCUUUGAGCGCUACCAGGACCAGGCGUGGAUGCUGGAUGUACAAUAUCGCAUGCACAAAGGCAUUUGUGAGUUCCCAUCCCAGGAGUUCUACGAAAUGCGGCUGAAAACGUGGCCCCAGCUUCAUCAGAGACCCAGUGUGCUCCACCACAGGGACAACGGCUGCUGCCCCAUCAUCUUCGGGCACGUGGAAGGGAAGGAGCAGUCCCUCAUGAUUUCCACCGAGGAAGGAAACGAGAACUCCAAAGCCAACCCUGAUGAAGCGGCCCAGGCGGUGAGGAUAGCCAAGCAGCUGGCACUAGAUGGCACCAUCCGGCCAGAGAGCAUCGCCAUCCUGAGCCCCUACAACGCCCAGGUGUCCGAGAUCAACAAGAGCCUCCUGAGGGAGGGCAUCCGCGGGGUGACUGUCUGCACCAUCAUGAAGAGUCAAGGAAGUGAGUGGAGAUACGUGAUCCUGUCGACUGUACGCUCCUGCCCCCGGUCUGAGAUUGAUAGGAAGCCCACGAAGAGCUGGCAGAAGAAAUACCUGGGGUUUGUAACUGACCCAAACCAGGUCAAUGUGGGCAUCACACGAGCUCAGGAAGGACUCUGCAUCAUAGGGAACCGGUACCUCCUGGAAUGCAACCCUCUGUGGAAGAGGCUCCUCCAGCAUUACCGGCAGCGCAACUGCUGUGCUGCAGCCCAGGAGAUCCGUGUCAGGAGGAGCACAGCGAUCCGAUGAGGGUGGGCCCCCUCCGCCCGAGCUGCGUUUCGUGUGCCUUGGGAAGGACCAGAUCUUUCCGUCAUUUAACGACCUACGGAGCCAAAUGCAGCGGGGGGAGCUGGGAGCUCCCCCUGUGCCGUGACAGCUCAGAGCUUCGGCACCUCCU